AUGUCCGAUCCGAACAAUCCAAACAUUAAGCAGAGGACCACUCCGCAGUGGUCUCUGUACCGUCGUGAAGCCUUCUGGAAUUCAAACUACGGCCAAUACCCUCUAUUCAACACCGAUCCGGCCGAGAUUGAAAGACUGGCUAAGGAAAAAUUGUCACAAGGUGGAUGGUAUUAUUCCUCGUGUAAUGCGGGUGUGUCGUGGACACAUUUAGCGAAUCGACAAGCUUUUUACCGCCAUCGUAUCGUGCCACGGACAUUGGUCGAUACAAAUACCAGAGACACAGCCGCGGAGAUAUUUGGCCAUAAAGUGUCGGCACCGAUUGGCUUCGCUCCAAUUGGCAUCAACCGCAUCUACCACCCUACUGGCGAAUUAUCUGUGGCUAAGGUUGCCGAAGAGCUGAACCUUGCUUACUGUCUUUCUUCUGCUGGUAGUUAUAGCAUUGAGGACGUUGGAAAAGCAAACGGAAACGGGCCUCGUUUCUUCCAAUUGUAUCAAAGUCACGAUGACGAGCAAACGAUCUCCAUGAUGCAGCGUGCUUGGGACUCUGGCUUUGACGCGUGUAUGCUUACCACUGAUACUUGGUCACUUGGCUGGCGCCAUAAUGAUGUCUUUACCGGCAACUAUGCUUUCUAUCAUGAGCAUGGAGCAGGUGACCUCGGUCUCCAGGACCCUGUUUUCCAGAGGCGCCUGAAAGAAGCCGGUAUUGACCCGAAGACCCACCCAAAAGAGGCGGGUGCGAAAUGGAUCGACGAGAAUAUUUGGCACGGCCGAGCUCAUACGUGGGAAAAAGUCCAGUGGACAAUUGCUGAAUGGAAGAGAAUUAGUGGUGGCCGACCGUUCUGCAUAAAGGGUAUUCAGAGUGUUGAAUCGGCAAGAAAAUGCGUUGAAAUGGGCAUUGAUAGUAUUGUCGUCACAAACCACGCUGGUCGACAGGUCGAUGGCGCUAUUGCGAGCCUAGAUGCCCUGGAAAAGAUUGUCGACGCGGUUGGAGAUAAGAUCUACAUAAUAUUCGAUUCUGGUGUGCGCAGCGCUGCCGAUGCUUUCAAGGCCCUGGCCCUUGGGGCCAAAUUUGUCUUCCUUGGGCGCCUCUGGGUAUGGGGGCUCAGUAUUGCCGGUGAGCCUGGCGUGCGCCAUGUGAUGAAGAGUUUCCUUGCAGAAUUUGAUAUUCUGAUGGAAGAAGCGGGCUUCCAAUCGAUCGACCAAAUCGAUCGUUCGGCUAUUGAUAGUCUCCCUAACUCUGCGAACCUUAUCGCGGAGCAUGCUCGUAUCUGA